GGACAGGAAAAACUCAUCAAGAAAUCUACAGAAAUCCUGUCUACAAUGAGCCUUAAGAUCAGUCUGUUAGUGAUAGCCUGCCUCAUUUACCCCAUAAUCCUGAUGUCCUUCAAGCAAAUGACAGAUUGGAUACACAAUUAUGCCAGGAACCUCAAAAAAAAGACAGAGGACUUGAAAAGGGAGAGGCAGCUAGCUGAGGACCUCUUACACCAGAUGUUGCCAAAAUCUGUGGCCAAGCAGCUAAGGAAAUGCCAAAAAGUUGAGGCAGAAAACUAUGAUCAGGUGACUAUCUUUUUCUCGGACAUUGUGGGGUUCACAAGCAUUGCUGCUUCCUGUACUCCCUUGCAAGUUGUUGAGAUGCUCAACAAUCUGUACAUCUGCUUUGACAGCAGGAUUGAGUCUUACGAUGUUUACAAGGUGGAAACAAUUGGUGAUGCGUACAUGGUAGUGAGCGGCCUGCCAGAGAGGAAUGGCACCAAACAUGCUGACGAGAUUGCCAAAAUGUCUCUGGAUCUGGUGGCAGCAGUUCGUCAGGUUGUGAUCCCUCAUAUGCCAAUGGGCAGACUGCAGCUGCGGGCUGGGAUACACACAGGACCCUGUGUAGCUGGAGUUGUGGGGUACAAAAUGCCUCGUUAUUGCCUUUUUGGGGACACUGUAAACACAGCCUCCCGCAUGGAGUCCACCAGCUUGCCACAGAAGAUCCAUAUCAGUUCUGCUACAUAUGAUGCCCUUCUCACAGAUGAUGCAUAUGAAAUUGAACUGAGAGGAGAAAUUGAAGUCAAGGGCAAAGGGAAAAUGAAAACCUACUGGCUUCUUGGUAACAAGAACUACAGUGUCCAAAAUGACAGCCUGGUGUGUCACUGGAAUCCAGCAAUCUCCAAGAAAAAGAAGAUGGAAAGUAGCCAGGGAUCUGUCCAACAACGUAGUGCAGGCGCUGUGGGAGCAGCACUGGCCGAGCAGAGCCCUGCAAUGCCCUGGGAUGAGCUGAGCCCUGACAGUCACACUCAAGGGAGUUCCAGACCAGCCUGGACUCCUGAGAGUGCCACCCACGGCACGAGCCAGAAGCAGAGGGAUGGAUUUCAUCAAAGCUCCCACCAGAGCCUGCAGGAGAACCUCACUUCACUGAGCUCACCUGCUUUGGGGGAAGGUGACAAAGGUGCCAGUUUAGAAUACAGGGCACAGCUUGGAGACCAUGGUAUUAAAGCAAUACAGAAAAAUGAGUUUCUCCCAGGUUUUCUAGAUGAGAUGUGACAGGAUAAGAAAUGACUGGACUGCCCCAGGCACACACAUUUCUUUUAAAUAACAUUCUCUUUUUGUUCUUAGCCAUAAUUCACAUUUUUAACUCGUAAGUUUACUUGGGAACCUAAAACACCAACAGAAAUUUAGAAAGGUGUCUCUAAACAAGGAGAAGCUACAAAAGUGUAGGUGGAGUUCCAUCAGGAGCACGAAUGGUACAUAAAAGAUGUACAGCAAUGUGACUCCUUUCACUCCAGUAAAGCUAUUCUAGAUUUAUAUUUGUAGGUGACACAGAAUUUAACCAUUGAGGUCCAGACAUAGUGAGGACACUUUCAGAACCUGAGCCAGCUUAUUUCAAGCUAGCCUGUACAUCUCUCCAGUAAACUAUUGCUUGCAAGGCAUGUAUAACUGUAGGUAGUAGGAGAGGGAGUAGUGACACCCUGAUGGACAAGAGGACAGGUAAAUAACUCUUUCUGAUCAUUGUUUCAGAGAUACAAAUGAAGUGGGAACAAUAUUAAAUUACUUCUAUUAAGUGUCUGCAGCACUUCGUCUUUCCAGCUCUUCUCCAAUACACUACUUCUCCAUAUGUGUAUUUUUUCCCUUAUCCAACCACCAAGGGGGUUGAUGGUGAGACAAAGACGCAGUCUAACUGUAUAGAAGACAUUAGAAGGACAAGCUAUUUCUCCCAUCAAAUUGUAAUUUGCUUUUCUUUCCUUGUUGGAGGAAAAGACGCCUCUGCAGUGAUAAGCAGAGCAUAGUACAAUCCUCUUCAGAGAAAUCAAAGCAAACUGAAUUACUUCCUGACAUUGACAAUUAGUAACUCUACACGGAGUUCAAUUCAUUUGUAAGUGGGCUGCACAUAUUUGUUGUCAUUAACCCUAUCCUGCUAGCCGCCGCCUUUGAGCAAUUCCAGAG